AUGGCUUAUUCUACUGGAAGAGGAGGUGCUGGUAACAUACAUACCUCGUCUACCAUCACAUCCAACAAUAACCACGUCUCACCAACUUUGACGGCAACCGUCUCCAACGGUUUGACACCAGCUUCCAGAUCUACUCUUCCAGCACUUCAGGUUUCUCCUUCCCGUACGGAUGAUAGCGGAUCGAAUACUCCUACUGGCAAAGAACCUAACAAGAAGGUAUACUACUCCACUGGAAGAGGCGGUGCAGGUAACAUCAAGUCGUCCAACGAGAUUCCUUCGCCCAAGUUAGUUCCCAUAGGCUCCAACACGCCACAGCUUACUACUCUGAAGGUCUCUACAGGUAGAGGAGGCUACGGUAACAUGGUUAGUAAUGACAACCCAGAACUUACUCGUAAGUUGCAAGACGUCGAUGGACCCACUCACAAACAGGACUUGUACGCCGUGACUUCUAACAAAUCAUUUUCGGUGGGCAGAGGUGGAUUCGGCAAUGUAGUUUCCAACAAGUCCCACAGCAGCGGAGGCUCGGAAGAAGUACCCAACUUGUAUGCUGUAUCCAGCCACGGCGAGAACUUGAAGAGACAACAACAAAAGAAGAAGGGCUUAUUUGGCAAGAUCAAAGAAAUCUUCAACUAA